AUCAGUUAUCCCCUUAGCCCUUUGGAGACUACACAUUCACAGAGAGCAGUGGGGAAGCACAACUCUCACUGGAGAUCCUGCUGUCUACUACCUACUGCCAACCCAGCAUCAGUGCUAGCAAUGAGCUUUAGCCAGGAGUCUGGAACCCACCAUAAUUCCCUGGAUUAUGCAGGAGUCUCUGAUGAGGAGGAUGAAAUUGAUAUUCUUGGAGAAGAUGACCCCUGCAGCCUGAAGUCACACUUUUACCUACAGCCUACACAUUCAGACAUGGGAGACAGUGGGAUGCUGAGUCCUUCCAAGCUAAGCUGCACUGAAAGUGAGAGCGAUUCCUCGGGAGAGAGUGAAGGAGGUACUUCUAAAGACUCCCCAGCUACCUCACCUGGUGGCAAAGCCAAAAGGGCCCUGGUAAAGCCUCCUUACUCUUACAUUGCUCUGAUCACCAUGGCUAUCCUGCAGAGCCCACACAAGAAACUGACUCUUAGUGGCAUCUGUGAUUUUAUCAGCAGCAAGUUCCCUUACUACAAGGACAAGUUCCCUGCUUGGCAGAACUCUAUCAGGCACAACCUGUCCCUUAAUGACUGCUUCAUUAAAAUACCACGGGAACCAGGAAAUCCAGGAAAAGGCAAUUAUUGGACACUGGAUCCUGCUUCUGAGGACAUGUUUGAUAAUGGAAGCUUCCUUAGAAGGAGGAAAAGGUUUAAGAGGCACCAACAGGAGUUCUUUAAGGAUGGACUCAUGAUGUACAACUCUCUGCCUUACUACAGACCCUACAGUGCCCUCCAACCACAGCCAAUGCUCCAGCAGACGCCACUGGCAUGCAUGGCAAUCCCAGAGACCUUGUCCAUGCCAACUAACCUUACACCCUACCCAGACAUAAAGAGGAAGGCUCAUUACCCAGACCAGGGGGCACACAGGGGUUUUGAGGGCCAGGAUGCUAAUAACCAUCCAAAUAAUUCUCAGAGCAAGUGUUCAUUCAGUAUUGAGAACAUCAUGAAGAAACCCAAGGAACCAGAGCCAAGUUUUCCAAGCUUCAACUCACACUGGAACUAUAAUAAUCACUUAUUGCAGAGACCAAGUUCCUGCUUUCUCCCAGCUGUGCUUAACCUAUCCACUGGCCCUCUGCUAGCUAAUGUCCAGGGCACCAGGCAAUACAACCUAAUCAAAUUCCCUGGGAGUUAUUAAAGUAAGUCACUUUGGGUCUCACAUAGCCCCAGUACACAGUAUGUAUUCUGCUACUAGGACCUUUUUUGUCCAACCCCAAAGACUUUAUUUAUUGUCAAAGACAAGGUUAUACAAUCUGUGUCCCUCCAGUUUGUACUGAAGUAACAUUUCCAGCACUCCCUAAAUUCCAUGGUUGUCAGGGGAAGAUGGAAGUUGCAGUUGAAUAACAACUAGAGGGCUGCUGGUUGUACAUACCUGGACAGUCAUAUGUAUUUGUAUGACAACCCCAUGUGGCACAUGUGCUGCUGGAUGCUUGAAUCAUUAUGGAUUGCCAUUCUUUUGUUUUGUCUUAUUUUUCUGUUAAUAUAUAAUGUAAAUAGAAAUGUAAUCUAUUGAACUAUUUAUUAUCAAAGUUAUUGCAACUUUUCAGUCUACUCAUGCUAAAUAAAAUAAUUCACAUGAA